GAACACACACGUGUCGUCCCAACCGUCUUGAGCUCAAACGUGUUUAUAUUUUUUAAAUUUCGAUGUUUCCAUUAGUUUCUAGUGCGUAGCAUGAUCAUAAAUAGUAAUUAAUGAAAUGAGAAACACUCAAACGUUAAUAAUAUUUACGUGACAAUCGGGUCAAUAUAAGUCAAGUAUCAUGGAAAGGGCAAGCGAGGAACCAAUAAUUUUACGAAUGGAAGAUGAAUCAUGUGAAAAUUCAUCGACAACAAAGAAAACCAUAAUAGAACAUGAAUUCAAUAAAAGUAACAAUACCGAAACGAUAGAAAGUGAAUUAUUAAGCAAGAGACAAUUGAAGAAGAUCCGGAAAAAAGAAAAAUGGCUCGAGCGGAAAGGCGAAAAAAGGUUACGUGAGAGAACAAAAGCUAAGGAAAAACGUGCACACGCUCGAGCCAAUAAUAUUGACCUUGGUCCGUCAAGAAAAGCAUUGAAAAAGUGUACUAUGGCGGAAAGUAGUUGCAAAGUAACCAUUACUAUAGAUAUGUCCUUUGAUGAUCUCAUGCAAGACAAAGACGUAGCUAAAUUGAUCAAACAAAUAUUAAGGUGUUACACCCUCAACAGAAGAGCCAUUUCCCCUGUACAAUUUUCCUUAACCGGUUUCAGCGGCAAAUCGAAACAAGAGAUGCAAAAACAUAACGGAUAUGAACACUGGGAUGUUAAAUUUUAUCCAGACUCGUACUUAAAAAUGUACAAUGAUAAAAAGAUUGUUUAUCUGACUAGCGAGUCGGAAAAUGUAGUAGACACAUUAGAACCGGACUGUGUUUAUGUUAUCGGAGGCUUGGUCGAUCACAACAGCCACAAAGGAUAUUGUCACAAGCUCGCGAUUCAAGAGAAAGUACGACACGCUCGUUUACCUUUGGACAAAUUUUUGAAAAUGAAAGCGAGAAAAGUUUUAACCGUGGACCAUGUAUUUGAAAUAUUAUUGAGAGUGACAGAGGGAAAAACUUGGCAAGAGGCAUUUUUACAGGUUUUACCAGAGAGAAAAAAUGCCCAACCUGUAAUACCAGCAAAAUCUCAUUUCCCAGAAGAUUCGCUCGAUUGUAAAAGUACGCUAAAUCAUGAUGACGUAAAAGUCACCGGGGAAACAAUGAACAAAACAGAGAUGGAGGAAGAUAAAGGAGCGUGAUGUAAUUGGCUUUUAUGAGAUGUCAACACGAUAUCGAAUCUACAUAAAUAAACCGAUGUAAUAUAGUGA